GCUGUGAAGAGUCUCGGGUUCCCUGCGCUUUGGGAGGUCCCAGCUCCUUCCUCUCCCAGAGAGGCCCCUGCUCUGCCCCGCUACCCUCCCACCCCUCCUGCUCGGUAUGGCGGCACAGCCCUACGCCGGGUCAGCCUCGGAGCCCUGGGGGGCAAGCGCGGGCAGAGCGGGGGUCGGGACGGAGGGUCUCCUGGGGCUGGGGGCGGCGGAGGGGCCGGGGCCGCUCGGGGUGCGGGCCCAGGCUGAGGGCGAGGUGAAGGUGGCCCUGAGGAGCCUCCCCGAGGGGGCCUGGCCAGCUCCGGCCUGCCAGCAGUUAAUGACCUUCAAAGAUGUCACUGUGGACUUCACCCAAGAGGAGUGGGAUCACCUGGGCCCUGCUCAGAGGGACCUAUACAAGGAUGUGAUGCUGGAGAAUUAUCAAAACUUUAUCUUCCUGGGGUUUCCAAUGUCCAAACCAGAGGUAAUCUCCCAGCUAGAAGUAGGUGAAGCACAAUGGUUGAUGUUGCUGAAAGAAGUUCCAAGAAGCUUCUCUCCAGGUCCCCUUUGUCAGGAGAAUACAUGUGAAACCAAGGAUUCAGCCAUAGAGGAGAGUAAUUAUUUGGGAGAAUCAUCCAUGAGAAGAUUCACAGUGAAUACUAAUGAAUGUGGUGAAACCUUCAGGCAGAUGGAACACCUUAUACAUCAGAGAAUUCAGACUGGAGAGAAAUCCUAUCAGUGUAAUGAAUGUGAAAAAGCCUUCAGCUGUAACUCAGGCCUCACUAUACAUCAGAGAAAUCAGACUGGAGAAAAAUCUUAUCAGUGUAACCAAUGUGGGAAAACUUUCAAUUACAACUCAUACCUUACUGUACAUGAAAGAAUUCAUACAGGAUUAAAACCAUAUAAAUGUACUGAAUGUGGGAAAGCAUUCAGAGAGAGGAGAUACCUUACAAUACAUCUUAAAAUUCAUACUGGAGAGAAAUCAUAUAAAUGUACUGAAUGUGGGAAAGCCUUCAGCCAGAGGGGAAGCCUUAAUUUACAUCAGAAAAUUCAUACUGGAGAAAAAUCCUAUAAAUGCAUUGAAUGUGGAAAAGCAUUCAUCUCCUACUCGGUCCUUACUAUACACCAGAGAAUUCAUACUGGAGAAAAACCCUAUAAAUGUAAUAAUUGUGAGAAAGCCUUUAGACAAAGAGGACACCUUACUGAUCAUCAGAAAAUGCAUACUGGAGAGAAAUCCUAUAAGUGUAAUGAAUGUGGGAAAGCAUUCAGAGAUAGGGGAUACCUUAUGAUACAUCAAAAAAUCCAUACCGGAGAGAAAUCCUAUUUAUGUAAUGUAUGUGGAAAAGCCUUCAGGGAGAGAGGACACCUUACUAUACAUCAGAAAAUUCAUACUGGAGAGAAAUCCUAUAAAUGUAAUGAAUGUGGGAAAGCCUUUAGGCAGAAGGGGAAUCUUGCUGUACAUCAGAAAAUUCAUACUGGAGAAAAACCAUUUAAAUGUAAUAUAUGUGGGAAAGCCUUCAGGGAUAAGGGAUAUCUUAUUGUACAUCAGAGAAUUCAUACCGGAGAAAAACCAUUUAAGUGUAAUGUGUGUGAAAAAGCUUUUACAGACAAGGGAUACCUUACUAUACAUCAGAAAAUUCAUACUGGAGAGAAAUCCUACAAAUGUAAUGUAUGUGGGAAAGCCUUCAGAGAUAAGGGAUACCUUGCUGUACAUCAUAGAAUUCAUACUGGAGAAAAACCAUUCAUAUGUAACAUAUGUGGGAAAGCCUUCACAGAUAAGGGUUACCUUACUAUACACAUGAAAGUUCACACUGGAGAGAAGUCCUAUAAAUGUAAUGAAUGUGGCAAAGCAUUUAGCUCCAACUCAGGCCUUACUAUGCAUCAUAGAAUUCAUACUGGUGAGAAGCCCUAUAUAUGUAAUGAAUGUGGAAAAGCCUUUAGACAGAGGGGAACCCUUAAUGAUCAUCAGAGAGUUCAUACUGGAGAGAAAUCCUAUAAAUGUAAUGAAUGUGGGAAAGCCUUCAAAGAGAAGAGAUACCUUACUAUACACCACAGAAUCCAUACUGGAGAGAAAUCUUAUAAAUGUUGUGAUUGUGGGAAAGCAUUUAGGCAAAAGGGAAACCUUGUUGUACACCAGAGAAUUCAUAUUGGAAAGGAACCUUUUUAAUUCAAAAGAUAUGAAAAAGACAUCCUUUAUCAUAAGAUAAUUUAUACUAGAGAGAAACUCAGUGUGCAAAAUCUUUCACUUAGAAGGAAAAAUGAUCAAACAUUAAUCAUGGAAUAAUUGGAUGUGACAUUUGAAAUCUAUCCCAAUCCUUUCUUAAUUUUACAGAUGGCAGAGCUGAUAACUAGGAAACUUCAUUGAGUUGAUUAUGAUCAUACAGAUAGUGAGUAACAGACCAGGGAGUGGAACUCAUGUCUUAACUAAAGAGAGAGUUCCCACCCACUAUUUUGUGCUACCCCUAUGAUCCAUGACGUGUCAGUUGAAAGAAUGUGAGCAACACUUUAUCAGCAUACCAUAGUCUGUAGAAAUAGCUUACAUUACUCUAGGAAUUUCAAAAUUGGAAAGGACUUCAGAAGAUAGCUUAUCAAACCAAUAUAUGAAAGAAAUCUUACAUUAUAUACAAGGGAUCACCCAGCCUUUGCUUAAAGAUGUCCACUGAGGGUUAAAAUACCACCUCCAAAGGCAAUCCACUUCUCUUUAGGAUAAGCUUGAGUAUGGGAAAGGGUAUGAGAGAGAGAGAGAAAAAUAUUCUGAAAUGAAUGUGAUGUAAAACAAAUGGCAUUAAUUACAUAUGUGAGAGUUGAAAAGCAACUCUUGGUCUUUGUUGAUAAAGGGAGUUUUCUCACAGGAAAUUACCUAUUUCAAUGAAAUCACUGAUCUGUUGUAAAAAAACAAAACAAAACAUCUUUUCAUCAAAUGAGAUAACGUGUAAAGUGCUUUGCAAACCUUAAAGUGCUAUAUAAAUGUUAGUUAUUAUAUACAUGAACAUUUAUGUGUAUAUAUUAUGUAAUAUAACCCAGAACCAAACAUGGUACUAGAGAUGUAGCUUUGCCAGUAUGCAGCACAAGAUAGCAUUAGGGAUUUUUUGGCACUGGCCCUGGAUUCAGGAGUACCUGAAGUAAAAUCUGGCCUCAGACACUUGACCCUUACUAGCCGUGUGACCCUGGGCAAGUCACUUAACCCUCAUUGCCCCACAAAAAACAAAAACAAACCAAAAAAUGCACGGAGUUAGGAGAUAGAGUGUCUUGCUCAAGAAACAACAAGGAGACUAAUGUUGUUAGAGUGUAGUGUGUGAGGUCCUACAGGAAUAGGGGAUGGUGGUGUGAAAGGAGACGAUGGUCAAGGCAGUCUUCUAUCCUCAAAGUGAUUUCUUAGGAUUAAACUGGAGACCUCCACUAUGAAAGCUGUUAGAUGUUUAAAUACCUGACUGUAGUUUGCUGGUUUUCUACAAGCCCCACAGAAUGUGGACAAAUCAUCCAGCUAAUCCAAACAUACUUCCUCAGAAAGGUUACUACAGUUCACUGAAUGCCUUCCAAAGACUUACAUGGAUCAGAUUUUUUUGCACUUAGUCUAAAACCUAUUAAUUGAAGAAUAAUUUAGAUUGCCUGGUUAAGGUGUCACUGCAUCUUGUCACAUUCUUUAGAUGUGAUAAUUAUCUAUCCUGAGGAUCUUGAGGACUGUUACUUUUUUUUUUUCUUGGCUGGGCAGUGAGGGUUAAGUGACUUCCCUAGGGUCAUACAGCUAAUAAGUGUCAAGUGCCUGAGGCCGGAU